AUGGCAGAUAGUGUCCUUCAACCGAGCUCGUUAGCUGAUCUACAAACCAUCUUCUCAGGCAACACGUACGUCGCGAUAGACUUUUACGCAGACUGGUGUGGGCCUUGCAAAGUCAUCUCCCCCGUCUUCGCCAAGCUUGGCAAGAAACACGGCAUCGCAGGCACCCUCGCCUUCGCCAAAGUCAACGUCGACAAUGCAAAAGACAUCGCCCAGAAGUAUCAAAUCUCUGCCAUGCCGACUUUCAUGUUUUUCAAGGACGGCAAACAGGUCGGCGUCAAUGGACAGCCUAUGAUUAGAGGCGCCGAUGCAAAGAGUCUGAAUGCUGCAGCCGAGAAGCUGGGAGGGUUGGCGAAGAAGAAAGUGGAGGGAUCGUAG